AUGUUAGCGAGCAGGAAAAAACAAAUCAGCAAGUCACCGACGACCCAGAAUAUGCUCAAGCUGGACAAUGCCCACCCAUGGAGUUUAUCGCCGACCCAAUUCCUCGAGCUAAGAAUCAACGGCCACAAAGCAGCAACUCAGGUUUCCGCCUAUGCCAAAGAUAGUCGGCUUCAGAGCAACGAGAAGAAGAGAGGUGCCUCGAAAGGGUUCUAG